UGAUUUUGCAUUUCCAGGAAGGAGAACUGUUUUGUUUACUAACAGUUCUCCCUGUCAGCUCGGGCCCACUGCUUUGGAUGGAUGUACACAGCACAGCCAUCCAAAGCAGUGUGAUUACAGUGAAGCACACUGACACAGCCCCCUAGUAAAACACUCCCAGCAUACAGUUAACCCUUUGAUCGCCCCUCAUGUUAACCCCUUCCUGCCCAAUACCAUUAGUACAGUGUCAGUGCUUUUUUUUAGCACUGAUCACUGUAUUGGUGUCACUGGGGAUGUCAGUGACACAAAGUGAGCUCCCCCCAGUGUCAGAAUGCCCGCCGCAGUCCCGCUAU